AUGUCUAACUGGCGUGUAUCGUCACAAACUAUUACUAGUGCUGCUUCCACGGCAACGGAUAAACAAACGGAGGCGUCCAAGACUUAUUGUUUGAUUCAGGCAGCUACUCCUGUCCAAGGCUUCAACCUGGCUAUGGUAUCCAGUUCGCAGGCACCGUCGAUCGGCACCAUGGAAAACAUGUAUAAAACAGAUCGAGUUGCUUCGUUGGUAGGUGCUUCCUUACCUCCUCAACUUCAGAAAACAUUGUUGGCUUCCAGUGCAGUCAAAGAGCUCCAAUAUGCAACCACAGCUCUCUCUGAGCACAACAGAAAGUUUUCAGCUCCACCAUUUUCUAAUCCCCGCUACUUAAAACCUAGAGCAAACUGGCUGUUAAAUAGUCUUGGAGAACCUUCAGGGAAGCUGAAAAGCUCCAGAAUAUCAAUGAGUGAAACAAAGCACAAGUUCAGAGGUGAAUGGGAUCCUUUGUAUUUCAGCAAGUUCAGACAAAAGAACCUUCAGGACUUAUCAUCCCAGAUUGAGAAAAAAAGAAGUGAAUUUCAGAUGCUGACUGGAGAACCCAUCCAUAUUUCAGGCCAAGGCAUCCUUAGACUCAGUGAACCUCAUCUCAGUACAACAAGUCGUGACUACUGCUACUAUUAUAGGUCAGAAUUGGCUCCUCUUGUUGACCUGACUCAAUGGAAGAUGGAUAAUAUGCUGCAGAAAAUUCCUCCCCAGGCCAAUUCAGUAUGUCUGCCUCGGUUGGCACCACGAUGUUGUCACAUACCACAUAAGAGCUUUCUUCCUCUGUCCUGUGAAAGUUAUGCUUGGCAAACCUCCCAGCCUCAUCUACAAGCUGCAUCAUAUCCUGUUGGUGUACUGUCAGGCCCACCAGUAGGUGCAGCAUUUCCCGAAAUUAUGAAGAUCCCAAAAAUGUACAAGACUGAAAAUGAAGAAUAUGGUUCCAAAAAACCAAUUACCAUGUGAAAGAAAAAGAUUUAUUGCAGCAAAAUAAGUAUUGAGGUGGUGGUUGCUGUUGUUUUUUAUGACAAUGUCUAGUCAAUAUGUAGCUUAUCUGGAUAUCUUAUAUCUUUCCUGCAUGUUCUAUUGCUCUUUGAGUCUCCUUUAAUAUUUUUCUCACCUUCUCUUUCCACAUUAUUAUUGCAGCUGUUAUUCUGGCACAGUAUCGCCAUAAUUUUACUUCUUUUUACCAUUUUAGCUCGCUGCACUGUACACAAUAUGAUACAUUUUGAUGAAACUCAUUCUAUUCCCUAGAUGGUUUUCAACUUCUCAGCAUUUCUUUCUUUGUUAGUUGGUUCUAGGCUGCCAUAAAAAUAGUAUAAAGCAUCACUAAAGUAUGUCAAGCAAAAUUUGAAAGGGUUCUCAACUAGUCAGCAUCGAGUAUUUGGCAGAAGUCCACUCCUCCAAGCACAAGUUCAGUGUUCAUGAUGUACUUCGAAUAAUGGAAGUUCUGUUCUCCGUCAAUAACCUGAUGUGUAGGUUUGAAAGGCAGCAUACGUCUGAAUGCGAGCUGUGGGAAUGGCACUUUAGUCUGAAAGGGGGCAACCAUUUUGGCUUUCCUAGCUUUAGGUUGUGGGGCGGCCAUGCUGGUUGUAGGAUGUUGGUGGAUAACAGGUUUGUUUAGAGACAGGUCAUGUAGGAAGACAGGUACCUACCUAUGUACAAUCAGGCAUCAAGUAAGUGUAGACUCUGUUGGUAUCAUAACAAUGGAUGGCCACAUCAUAUGCACAGACAGUAACAGGUUCCAACCCAUGGUAGGAUGGUAAAAGAACCAGAGAGAGACAAUAUACAAGAAUGCAUUAGAAAAAUCUUUUACAUUCCCAACAAAACUAGCAGUUUUUGUAGUUUGUCACACAUAUACACAUAACUACACCCUAUGUCCUACACAAACACACACACAAAUACCCACCUGCACUCAACCAUGCAUACUCUGCAGCCAUACAACAUGCACUUCAGAAGUGGUCAAGAGCUAAGCAUGUUCAGGCCCAGCUAGCACUUGAAUGUGAGACCAUAUAAUAAAAGGUUGGGUUGCUGCUGGAAGAAGUGUUGGUGAGGAGGGGGUGCUUACUCUGUGAUCUAAACAUGGAUUUGAAUGCUCCAGUUCAGUGAUGGGGACACAGUACUGCAAAAAUGGUGCCAUUCUUCAGAUGAGACAUAAAACUGACGUUAUGAAUCUCUGUGGUCAUAAAAGAUCACUGAACUUCUUUGUAAAAACCUGGGUGUAUCCCAAUGUCUAGGCUAAGUUACCCUCCAUGGCCUAGUCAUUCUGUUCCCCAAUCAUCUCCUGUGUCUAACUGGCUAACUCUCUCUCUCCCCACUUGACCAUCUAAAAGCUAAUGUGUGAUGAGCGUACUACUGCAAAAAUAAUUGUCAUUGCAUCAUCCAGGUGAUG